CACGAUCACGAGCAAGGAGACCUUCACCUGCUGCAGCCUACCAUGAAUCUUGCCAAAAUUCACGCAUGGGACCUUGUUGGUGCCGUACUGGCAGCCUUGGUUCUGCGUGCUUUCUACCGGCUCUAUCUCCAUCCCCUUGCGAGAAUCCCGGGGCCCAAAAUGACGGCCAUUACCUCUCUGUAUGAGCUCUACUACAAUGUCGUCUGCGAUGGACGGUUUAUUUUUCGGAUUGAGGAAAUGCACAAGAAAUACGUCCAUAUCAUAGACCCCGAUUUCUACGACGAGAUUUACACUUCAUCGGUCCGAAAGCGCGAUAAGGAGCCCACCUUCGUCCCUACGUUCGGUGUCCCCUAUGCGGCAGUUGCGACCGUCAAGCAUGACGUCCACCGCUAUCGACGCAGCCUCUUGUAUGAGUUCUUCUCCAGGAGGUCAGUGUCAAGAUUAUCGCCCGUGAUUGAAGAACGGGUAGGGAAGCUCAUGAGUCGGUUGGUGGAGUUCCACGUCGGGGGAGAGGUUGUUGAUCUCUGCGGCGCUUUCGGUGCACUCACGUCAGACGUAAUCACCUUCUGCUGCUAUGGCAAAAGCUGGGGCUUCCUGGAAGACCCGGACUUCCGCAGCGAUAUCCGCACGGCGGCCAACGACUUUGCGGGCGUACCGCCGCAGGUGAUGGCAGUUCUGAUGCCCGGCAAAUCGGCCUUGUUCGAGUUUCAACGGUCCAUUUUCGAGCAUUUCUCAGCCGUCGUCGCCGGCCAGCGCAUCACGCUCACCGGGGGGGGGGGAAUAACUAUCAUCAAGCGAUUGACAAGCGAGGCAAUCCCUCCGAGCGAGAGGACUUUGAGUCGUCUCCAAGAUGAAGGCUUCACUCUCAUCGUGGCGGGGACGGAGACGACAAUGCGCUCUUUCGCCUUUGCCGCGAAUUACGUCUUCCAAGGUUAUAUGGUCCGGGAGAGACUACGGGCAGAGCUCAGGCAGGUUCUGCCCACACCAACGAGCACCGCUACGUGGGAGGAACUGGAGAAGCUUCCGUAUUUGCGGUUAUUCGGUUGCCGCGCGUGGCACCAAAUGAAGUCCUACUAUAAUGAGCAUGUCAUUCCUCCCGGGUACGAACCCUCGUUGCAGACCCCAAUGAGCACCUCUAUCUACUUUGUCCACCACAAUCCGGUUAUAUCCCCGGAUCCACACAACUUCAACCCUGAACGGUGGUUCAAGGCAUCGGAGGAUUUCAACCUCAGAAAGUACCUGGUGCCCUUUACAAAGGGCAGUCGCAAGUGUGUUGGCGUGAAUCUGGUAAUCAUGGAAAUUUAUCUGACAGUUGCGACCUAUGUUCGUCGCUUUGUCUUGGAAAUCCAGAGUGUGGAUCCGGGGAACAUCCGUGUCGCGCGCGAUCGAGUGGUUGGCUUCCCGGAGACUGGCACCCUUCAGAUUUGCGCCAAGGUGAAGAGCACCAUACAAGUCUGA